AUGUCUAAAGUUAACCAGUUUUUAGAUGCCAUUACGGCUAGACGCACUAUUUACUCUCUCAAGCCAUCGCUUCCAGAGGGUUUAAGCAUCGAAGACGUCCAGAAAGUUGUUCAAAAAAUUGUCAAAGAGACGCCAAGCGCUUUCAAUUCGCAAAUUAACCGUGCAGUCAUUCUAACGGGCCAAGCCCACAAGGACUUGUGGUCCAAGGUCAUUGAGGGUGUUGACGGCAAUUUCGCCAAGAGACCUAUUUCUGUCAGAGACGAAGCUUUCGGUACGGUACUUUUCAUGGUGAACGACGAAAAAACGUCAGAGCUACAGGGCCAAUUUCCAGCCUGGGCCUCCGCGUUUAACCAAUUUGCUGACCACUCCUCAGGCGCCGCUCAGAUUUCCACGUGGACUGCGCUCGAGCUUCUAGGCCUGGGCGCUCAUCUGCAACACUUCAACGGCUUCGUCAAGGCUUCUGCUUCCGAUGACAUUGUCCCAAAGCACUACAGUGUCCAGGCGCAGCUGGUGUUCGGUGCUCCAGUCGAGGCUCCACAGCCUAAGACUUACAUCGACAACGAGAUAAAGGUUAUUUCUUAG